UUAUUUUUAUUUUUAUUUUUUGUGCAGUUCAGCAGCUUCCUUCCUUCUUUGCUCUUCUCUCUCUUUGAGUCGCCUCUAAUUCCUCGCCGAUUUUAUUCGAUCCGUCGCUCGCCGGCGCCGUCGUUUUAGUCCCCGACAAUCACUCUCUCACAGAUCUGCUGCGUUGCGUCGCUUUCAGGAGUACGGCGAGUGCAGCAGAAGCGGCGCCAUUGAUGGAACCUUUUCGUUUCCCCCAAUCCGUUUAGUGUAGAUCUCGCCGAGUAGAUCCGGGCUUGUUAGUGGCGGAUGACUGGCACAAGGGCAAAAGAGGGGGUUACAAAAGAAUGUAAAUUUGGGUGCCCCAGAUGAUUAGGACAAAUGUUAUUUGCAGUGGAAGGAGGAGGAUUCUUCUCUUCUUCAGCUUCAGGGUAUAGUAAGGGACUGACCCUACUUCUCUUGGGUCAUCAGAAGCAAGAAGAGAGCAAACCCAUGAGAGUAGCGCCGUGGAACCAUUACCAGUUGGUAGACCAAGGAGAACCAGAGCCUGAUCUCCAGCUGGCUUCCCUCAAGAAUCGAGUUUCCCGCGGCUGUGCCGCUUCCUUGGUCUGCUUUGGUCGCGCUUCCGCAGGAGUCGAUUCCUCCUCCCCUUCUUCUCAUCCGAAAGUAGGUCCUGCCCAACACCAGGAUGCGUUGCCAGUAGAUGAUCUUAAAGAAGAUAUAACAAUAGCUGAGAUUGAAGAUGAUAAGAAUGCAUCUAAAGCAGCUUCACUAAAGAGCAGCUUGAAGAAGUCGUCGUUAAAUCACGUUUCUGUUCCUGUAGAGGAUGCGGGUGAACAUGCUGUGUUGAACGAGCAAGUUAGCGAUAGCCCUGGCCACAAUGGUAGAAGAAAAGUGCAGUGGACAGAUGCUUGUGGUAGUGAGCUUGCUGAAAUUAGGGAAUUUGAGCCGAGGUGAACUGGGCUUAUCUGAUGAUGAAUUCGACAAUGGCCGGGAAAGAAGUUGUUCAUGCAUUAUUAUGUGAUAGAGAUUCAACUGGGGCCUAAAAUGAUCACAGCUUGCUUUGGAGAUGACAGAAGGCAAAGCAGAAGGAUGACAGGGGAGGCACCUUGUCUGUACAUUUUCUGCUAACUGAGGUGUAUCUCUGCUGCUGUUCGUGAAGAAGGAAAGGGCCGUGAGAGUCGUUUAGAUGGGGAAAUGAAUGCUUGGCGCGGAAGAAAAGAACUCGGUUCCUGUUUUUCGAUUCGAGCCUCUUUGGAGGAAUUUGAUCAUUUUUCAACCAUUUUCCUUUUUGUAUUCAUUUUUUUGCUGGGUUAGAGAAGGAAGAAAUGGAGAAAGAAGAAAAGAAUGUGGUUUAAAUUUUGCUGGUCUUCUUCCUUAUUCUUAGUUUGUUGUCCUUGUG